UGGUGUGGGAUAUAUAAGGGGCUGCCCGGUGGGGCAGAGACACGCCAUCGCCAUGACGACUCUCAGCCUGCACCUCCUGGUCCUGGCCGCCACAGUCAUCGCAGCUCAGGCUGCGGUGAACUGGAGUGACGUCAAGCCUAUGAGGCAGCACGUUUCAGUGCCCGUCAAAGUCCUCAAGGGUGCUGGACGCAUCACCAACGGUCAGGUUGCGACUCUGGGCCAGUUCCCGUACCAGGCUGGUCUCAUCAUCACUGUGUCUGACGGACAGGCUUUCUGCGGUGGCUCCAUCAUCAGUGACACCUGGAUUCUCACCGCCGCUCACUGCGCUGACCCGGGCACGCUCUUCGAGAUUCACCUGGGCGCUCUGUACGUGCGCCAGGAGGAGGCCCAGCAGGUGGUGCUCUCGAGCACGACCAAGAUCGUGCAUAACAGAUACAUCGCUAGCCCGCCCUCCAACGACAUCGCCCUCGUGCAGCUGCCCAGCGCCGUCACCUUCAACGAAUACAUCCAGCCUGUGAACCUGCCCAGUAGCAGCGAGCUGAACAACAAGUUCGUCGGAGCCGAGACGACGGUCAGUGGGUGGGGACUGGAGAGCGACUCAUCUGAACAGAUCAGCGAGGUGCUGCGCUACGCCGUGGCUCCCGUCAUCAGCCACCUGUCCUGCAACCUGCGCUACUUCUUCCAGAUCGACGACGACAUGCACAUCUGCACGUCCGGCGACGACGGCGUCAGCACUUGCAACGGCGACAGUGGCGGCCCACUGGUGAUCUACGAGGACGACGGAUCGGCCACGCAGAUCGGAAUUGUGUCCUUCGGUAUCGUCUUUGGAUGUGAGAUCGGGUGGCCACCAGUGUUCACCCGCGUCACCAACUACAUGGACUGGAUCAGCGAGAACAGUGGCAUCGCCAUCAGAUCAUAGAUGCGCUUUGCUCGUGUAUUCUGUGUGAAUCAAUAAAAGACCCAAAACAGCAA